AUGAAGACCAGUCGCAAAUCCCGCUCUUCCUUCGCCUGGCUGCUGCUCCUUGUUUUGAUCGUUGCUGCUAGUGUCUCUGCCGCUGGAGCUCCUCCUGCAUCAAGCCCUCAAGGCGGCACACCUGAGCUGAAAGAAUCCCCGACCGAGUCCACCUCUCCCACUGGUCAGACCGGCAACAACGAGGGCUCGAUCUCCGCUCCUGCCAGUGGAAAUGACGUUCAGUCAAUCAUCGCCAGCUCGCAGCACACGAUGGGUACAUCUGACGACUCUACCGACAGUCAAGAUGACGACAAGGCUUCGACUAGCGGUCCUCAAAAUGGUCAUCAACCUGGCGGACAUCACGGUCAGUGCGUCUCCGGUUGCGCCACGCGCUCCAUCACCGGGGUUGGAUGCGGAAACGACUUCAGCAAGCCCGACUGCUUCUGCAAGAGCGAAAACUUUAUCGACCAGACCUUCGCCUGCAUCAACGCUACCUGUCCUCAACAGUUUCACGGUGCUGCCGGUGUCAUCACCAGCAUCUGCGGCGGAGUCGGUGUGCCCAAGCUGAACAUUCCAGGCUACAAAUCUUCGGGCAAUUUGGAGAACAUGCCGACGAUCACUGAUGAUCCGAAGAACAACGGUACGAACGCCACUUCGACUCAGGACGGCGCCAAGGCUCCAACGCCGGCUGAAGGUGGUCAGAACGGCUCUGGCGGAGGAGCAGCUGGGGUCACAUCCACUUUCAGCAUGCCGGUUGGUGUGCAGACACCCGUCGCAUCGGGUCCGAGCAAGAAUGGCAGCGGCACUGCCACCGUCCAGGGUAGCUCUGUUGCGGCUGGUGUCAGGAGCGAAAUGAUCGGUGUCGCGGUUGCUCUUGGUGUUGCUGCUAUGACCACCUGCAUCGGAGUCUGGUCCCUCUUCUAG